ACUUUAAAGUAGUCCUUGUAUACUAAACUACUUAGUGAUGAACUGAUGGUGGCGGUCACAGUUUGUCGUUCAGAUCUUCAGUAGAGAAUGUGAGCUGUACCAAAGUCUACACUUCACCAGGUUACAUGACACUAACAGUCAUCCAGUCAGUAUGUGAUAAUGGCCAACGAGCGCCAAAGUGACGACCAGGUUAAGAUGACAGUCUGCUUGACAAGAACAGUCUCCAUUGUUUUUCUUCUCUGGGGGACUUGUUGUGGACUGAUGGAAAUCGGAGAGAUCCUUGCUGCUUGGACAAGUCCCCCACCAACCUGACAAUUCCGGAAAGCUGCAUGCUGACCUGACUGACCUCACUCCUGCAAGUUGCACAUACCAGCAAGGAAAACCAGAGUUCCAAGCAUCAUCUUGCUGUCUCCGGUGGAUUUAUCAGUCUGCAGUCAGGCUAUUUGUGGUGAUGGCAGUGCGGGAUGUUAUUUCUUUGAACCGUAUGAUCACUGGUUUCAUUCGGGAUGGCCUUGGCGAUCGAGCUCGUGCAGUCUACAGGUGGAUGGUUGCUUCGGGGUUCAGAGAGACCCCUCAUACCUUCUCUACAAUCCUCAGUGCGUGCAACAGCUGUGAGGGACUGCAACUGCAUGGCCGGGUGCUGGCGUUGGGCCUGUGCUCCAACCCAUUUAUCGGGUCUGCGUUGGUCAAUCUCUAUAUGCGCAUUGGAAUGCCUUGUGCUGCCCUCUUGCUGUACGAUGAGACAGCAUUGCGAAGCACAGUCAUGUCCAAUGUGGUUCUGGGUGGCUUGUGCAAUCUGAAGCUGACUGAGGACCUCCUUUGUUCCCUACUUGACAUGAGAAGACAGGGUUUCGAGUUGAAUGGUCUUUCCUACUGUUAUGCUAUGAGAGGAUGCUAUCAAGAUGAAGAAUGGCUGGAACAAGGCAGACAGCUUCAUGGAGUAGUUCUGAAGGCAGGGUGGGUUCCUUCAAACAUUUUCUUGUCAAACUUGCUUGUGGAUCUUUACUCAGCGACUGGGGAUUUGGUGGAUGCUAAGAAUUCACUUGAUGAUAUCCCUUCUGAGGAUGUCAUCUCAUGGAACUCCAUUGUUUCUGUUUAUGCAAGCAAAGGACGUAUGAAGGACGCAACUGAUUACUUGAGACAGAUGCUUUGGCACGGCAAGCUGCCCUCAGUUCGUUCCUUUGUUGGGCUCUUUGCUUUAUCUGGUCAGACUGGAGAUCUUCGAUUCGGGGUUCAGAUGCAUGGAGUUGCUCUUAAGCUUGGAUUCAGUUGGAGUAGUGUGCAUGUGCAAACUGCACUCAUUGACAUGUAUGGAAAGUGUUGCUCUUUUGAUUGUUCCUUGGCAAUCUUCAAUGAAAUCCCAAACCUUGCACUGGAGUGCUGUAACUCAACCAUCACAUCAUCAAUUCGCUGCAAGGUUUUUGACUACGCAUUGGAGGUAUUGUACUGUAUGAUUGUAGAGGGAAUUGUGCCUGAUAAUGUAACUCUCUCUGCAACCAUGAAGGCCAUAUCUUUGUCAGCUUCUUUAAGUUUAAUCAGUUGCAAAAUGCUGCACUCUUGGGUCUUCAAAUUGAGCUUUGAAACAGACAUGGCUGUGUGCUCGUCCUUGAUCAGCGCAUAUGCUCGAGCUGGUCAAAUGAACAGUUCCCACUUGAUAUUUGAAAGCUUGCAGGAUCCGAAUGUCAUUUGCUUCACUUCAAUAAUAUCUGCAUGUGCUCGAUAUGGAGAUGGCGCGCAAGCAGUGGAGCUGUUCAAUAAGAUGGUUUCUAGGGGCCUCAAGCCUGACGAUGUUACCUUCCUGUGCGCAAUUGCUGGUUGUGAUCAGGCAGGACUGUUUGAAGAAGGAAGGCUGGUGAUUGAACUCAUGAGAGCAAGUCGUGAGCUGGAUCCUGAUGAAAGGCACUUUGCUUGCAUAGUUAACCUUCUCAGUCGAGAUGGUUUUGUGGAGGAUGCAAUGAAAAUGAUGGAGCACUCUCCACUACGACACUACACCAAGGCAUGGAGCUCGCUCCUACAGAGUUGCAGGGCACAUGGUGAAAAUGUGCUGGGAAAGAGAGCUGCAAAUAUGCUGAUAGAUGUGGGCCAAAAGUAUCCAGCCACCAACUUGCAGGUAUCAAAAUACUUUUACGAGAUUGGGGACAACGAAAAUGCUUCAAGGGUUAAAGCGAUGGCAAGUGGGCAAGAAGUGAAGGAGAGUGGUCACAGCUCGGUUGAGAUCAGUCACGGAAUCUAGCAUCUGUGUACAAAACGGUAUGAACAGUUCAACUCCAUAGCUGAUUACUUGUUUGUUUCACUUGCAUGAGCUGAUAGUCUGCACGUCACAAGAAGGUCCUAUUGCCAUUUUGCCAACCUACAGCAGCAACCCCAGGAUGAUGCCCGUGUAGACGCAAAUGCAAAUGUGCAGUUCCCUAAAAGGUGAAAAAGCCAAAAGGGGAGUUGUUUUGAGCGCAGUACAAGUACAAGUCAAAGUGAAAAUAAAAUGCAAAUAGGACGGAUGGAGGGAGCACUGGACCGGAACAUUGCAGAUUUGGAGUGGGAUACGGCGCUCCCGGUUUCAGAUCUGGCAGGACCUCCCCCUGCCUGACUGGCUGCGGUGCCUCCAUUUCGCUUCCCCAGUAUCUUAUCUUAUUUAAAAGUUCCAAGAGGGAGGUGGUCUGAAGGAACAGAUAAUAUAGUGAUAAAAGAAACCCAGUGCAAAAAGAUUCACUACUGGCUGCAGUAUCAAAUAUUCCCCCAGCCAAUAUGAGGGUGGGGGAGUGGGUAUGGUGCCCCAGAUUCCAGAACAGGGACUCCACCAUCGCAGCACACCCCCUCCCUCCUUUUCCCCCAACCCAACUCGCAGCCACAGUGGAGGCUGGCUCGGGCGCUCGGCUUCCUCCUCACCUCCCUAGUGGAUUGAUUGAUUGAUUGAUCACGAGGCACAAGUGAGCCGGGCUGCUGCAGCCGCUGCUGCUGGUGGUGGCCGCCGCUCUUUCUCCUCCGCCUCCCCUUCCCUCGCUCUCUCUGGUCUCUGCGCGGAGCAGACUCCGCGGCGAAGUCGAAGCAGGGCAGGGCCGGGGGAGGAGCUUCGGUUGGGAACAAGGGGGAGCUAGGGCAGGAGCAGGAAGCGGGCGCAGCAGCCAUGGCGAGCGAGGAGCUACUCCACAAGGUCCAGGCUCUUAUAGAGCGCUGCCUUCAGGUGUAUAUGAACCAGAAAGAAGUAAUUGAUGCCCUCUCUCAGCAGGCAAAGAUAGAUCCUGGCAUUACUGAACUUGUUUGGCGACAACUUGAGCAACAGAAUCCUCUGUUUUUCAAGGCAUACUAUAUGAGGCUAAUGCUUAAGAAUCAAAUAAUGGUCUUCAACAAGCUUCUUGAGGGUCAGCUCCAGAUUAUGAGUAAAGAGUUUCCUUCAGGGAUCCCUUCUAUGUCUCUUCCUAAUGGCUCUAGUUCCGACCCAUUAAAGCAAAAUUCAUGCUUUUUGCCUGAGACUGCUCCGGGAUCUGCAAUGCCAGAUGGUAUAAUGCACAAUGGAAGCUCAAGUGGCAUAAUAAAUGGCACACCUUCUGGUGAUCAAUUACUCAAUGCCAGUAAAGACAUGCAUGGUCUUCACAGUGGAAUAGAUGCUUCAACUAGUCUGCAGUCAGAUCAGAAUGCAACUGCUGUGCUGUUUGGUGCAGACAAUGGGACGAGUGCGACAAUCAAGACAGAGUCUGGCUAUUCAAGUAAUGCUGAUUUUGCUUUCUGCGGGAAUACUUUCCUGGAAUCAUGCCAGUCAAUAGGUGAUGCAUCUGGUGGUGGAUCCUUCAGUAGCUCAGAGUUGAAUGGGCAACCACUGAAUGAUUCGAUUUUGGAUAUGGAAUCGUCAUCAUUUAGUUUCUUGAACCAGAUUCCCCAAAGUUUCAUCUUUUCAGACCUGGCAGAGGAUUUCAGCCAAAGUGCAGAAAUGACAACAUUCCUCACUUCUGAAACAAAUAACUUCUCUGAUUCAACAGGGGGAGAUCAUACAGGUUGAUCAGUCAUGCACAGUGCACCGACCAUUUGUACAUACUCUUAUGGGCAGGCAAAUCUGCAUUGACGGGAACUUGAGGAUCUUUUGAGUUAGCUGUCUCUUUUCUAGUUUCUCAUAAUCUCAUCUUAUAUUGUGAUAGGAUUGACUGUCUCCCUCAUCAUAGGGCAUACUGAGUCGGUCUUCCAGUACGCUUUCUGAUGGUGUCGUUGUGGUGUUGUACUGCUGUGUACACUGUUCUGCUUUCUGUAAUAUAAUGGUUAGGCGCAGCGGUGCCUGCAUCAGCAUUUUAUUGGGUAA